GGCGCCGGGCUCCCUUUGCGCGGCUCCAUGGCUGGGCGCAGCCGGCCUUCCUCCGCGGGCGCAGCCUCCUUCGGCCGCCGGCAGCCUUGGACGGGCCCCGCUGUUGGAUCUUCCAUGGCACCUGAGGAGGAAGAGGCCAACCCCUUCUCUUUCAAGGAAUUUGUGCGGAGCAAGAACCAGUAUUUGGCAGCCCCUGUCCUGGAGGAAGCAAAGGGGCUGAGCAGCAUUGCCCUGGCCUCCUCAGGGUCAAGCACCGGCAGCCCCAAGGAUUCCUCAAGGUUCUCACUCCUCCUGGACGACAGCCCCUCGUCCCCUGGGUCUUUGGAUGUGGCCUUCCACAAGCCAUUUCCCCCGGACCCAAUGGCAACUAACUCCUUGCUGGAAGAUGAAGACGAGGACAGCGAAUGGAGCAGCACCUACCAGCCAUCAGCUGUUGAAGAGGCCCACCUGGGCAGGGUGUCCAGCCCCUCCUUGGACAGCACCCCAGACUCUUUCUGCUGUGAUCCCUCUGACCUGUCUGAGCUCCAGAGGUUUACUCCGUGGAAACUGGAGGCCAAGGAGGAUCAGAGCUUGCCUGUGGAUGGAGCUGCUGGGGGGGACAGCUUUUAUCUGCCUCCUUGCCAGCUGACUUACGAAGAAUUAAAAGAAGAAAAUUCUAAGUUUAGGAGUAAGAUCAGCCAUCUUCAAGCAGUUUCUGAGAGUCAGGCAGAAAGAAUCAAGCAGCUGGAAAGGACCUUGGCGGAGAGUCGGCAGAAAGAGGAGAAGGAGACCCGGGACUUGGAGGCCAUGGUGCAGCAAGUGGAGGAGAACCUGGAGCGGAUGGCGAAACGGGCCAUGAAGGCCGAAACCAGCACUGUGAAGCUGAAGCAGCACAACAGCCUCCUCCAGGUUCAGGUGGAGAACUACAGGUUAGAAAAUGAAGCCUUGAAAUCUAGCCACUCUGCUAACCUGGCCAUAGUGCAGCAAAAUGCCAAGGCUGCCUUGCAGAAUCUCCUCGCCGUCAUCACAAAGUCCCAACCAUCCAUCAGGCAGCUGCUCUCUGGCGCGAAAGAGCUGCAAAUGGUGGCUGAACUGCUGAAGUCACUGGACAAAAUCUCUGAGAUACCACAAGGUUCUUCCUAAACAUUGUGGCACAGGACCUAAGGAGUGAAGCAAAGGCUUAAUUGGAAAUUGGAGCUUGAAAGGGGGGUGGAAGAAGCCCUUUUCCUGCCCAGGGGCUACGGAACCUUGUGAAGGAUCAUCAUCGGUGGUCAGUUCUGGAUGGGGGCAAAGCCACCUGUGGGCCCACACACCUGUGCCCAACACCUCCAGAUGCUUUUGAUGCUGAGACACAUCUUCUUCCUCACUGGUCUCUGCCAUCACUCUCCAGCUCCUCACUUGGGUCCACCUCCUGGCUUCUCUCUCAUACCUUUGCAUUUGCUUUGCUUGUCUCAGCCACCCAGGGCUGAAUUGCUCUUGCCUCCCCCCCCCCCCGUGGGCUUCUCUUGUGACUGCACUGUGCUUGCCUCCCCCCCCCCCCCCCCCUGAAUGCAUCCUUAUGUGUUGCUGGCUUCUAGUUAGAGAUGACUGCUCGGUGAAGAUCCAGCAUGAAAACACUAAAACCAUUUAGAAAUUCUGUACAGGCGACUCGCCGUUUACAUGGGGGUAACAUUCUGGUCCCCUGCGUGCAUAAGUGAAAUGUGCAAAAAAAAAUGGGGGGGGCGCACCCUGCUGCGCCUUCAGCUUUUGAGGAGCUCUUUCCCGGACCCUAAAGAGGACACCCUCUGGGCUCCAGGGAGUCUCUUUGUGGGCUGGAGGUGCAGUGGGGUUUUGCAGAGGCUCUUCAGGUCUCUCUGCCCCAUUUUGGGUUUUUGGUGCUGCGCAUAUGCAUUGUUGUGCAUUAAUUGAACACACUUAAAUGGUGGGGGGGGGGAGAUUGGGAUUCCUGUAUUAUGAAAAUAACAGCUUGCAGCAUUAAAAGAAAAUUGUUCCUGGCAGAAAGAGAGGCAAAGAUAGAGAUAUGCUGCUUGUAAGCAAUAGCUCAAAACAUGACAAUUACAUAAUCUGUUAAAAUUGCAGGGGUUUAAAGGGCCUGGAAGAAUUUUAGAAGAUAUAUUUAUGUGGAAGAUGCAGGGAAAGUGUCAGGCUGUUAACCUUUUUCUUUAAAGGAGCAAUGCAAGGGGGUUUCAUUAUCAUCUUUUUAUAUAGCAGAAGUUUGGGAUUUAACAAACGCUUCUUGAAUGUGUAAUUCUGAAGCUUUCCUCCUAUCCCUCUAGGAUUUAAAAUAGCAUUAUUUUCAAAAUAAAAUCAAUUUCUAACUGCAGUGCACUUUUUUCCUGUUUGGUUUUGCUAUAAUCACACACACCCUUUUACAUCUUUCAGUUAGUAGGCAGGGUGUAUAUCAGGCAUCCCCAAAC